AGAUUUGUGCAGCAGUGAAAAAUUCUUUACAGAUUUUUUUGCAAAACUUUAAAAUUUUCUAUGAAAACUCUAAGAUUCUUUAAAUAAAAUUGGUGAUAAGUGGAGUUAAACGUUUUCGGUAUACACUGGUGUUGUGCAAAUAAUGGAGUCGUUGCAGUUUUGCAGUGAAUUUGUGUAAAAUCGGUGCCCAAGUGACAAAUAUUCGGAAAAGAAAAUGCUAAAGUGAACACGAAGUGCAUUUGCCAUUUUAAUCGACAUCAAAGUGUCAAACGAAGAGUGCAAAAGAUCAGGUCGAGAGCCAACUACCAACUGCUGCUCGAAUUGUCCAUUACGAAUGAAAGUGGUAGAAGAGAAUUAGAAAAAAAGAGCCGAGAAACAAAGAAAUAGAAAGUUGAAAACUUGCCCAAAGCACUUUAGCGGCAAUUCACUGUUAAAACUAAUUUUUGCUGCACUUGAGGUUGUGUGAGAUUUUCUUUCACAUACCGUUUUCUCCGCAUUCUGUAUUAAAAGCAAUGUAAAUUGCGCGGGAGAGAGAGACCAGAGCAUGGGUAAACUGAAACAUAAAUAAACAUACGAAAGUGACAAAGUGAAAUUGCACAGUUGCAAUAAAAGAGAAGAAGGAAAAGUAUAAAGUAAAUAAAAAGUGUAAAUAAAGCAAAAUAAAAUCAAAUGUGAAGAGCUUAAAUGCCGAUAUACACACCAACAUACGGAUAUUAGUGAAGAAAAAUCAAGUAACUGCAAACUACGGAAUAAAUAUAUGGUAUAAAAAUACAAAAAAAAUAAGUAAAAUAAAAUAAUAAUAAAAUUCAAAAUAAAGUGGAAACUAAAAUUUUACCCCAACAAAAACAAUAAAUAGUGCAUAAAGUUGAAACAAUUGCUUUACAUUGCCAAACAACACACACCGCCUGCAGCAAACUCAGUCAGCAAUGGCAGCUGCUGCAACACCGCGCACAAAAGCUGCUGCCGUUGCCGCUGUCGAGCAAUUGGAGCAACAGCAUCGCCUCCGGGCACAACCACAAAAACAACAACAGCGCCAACCACAAUGGCUGCUGGUUGCCGCCAUCAUAUUGACACUGUUUACCGUGUCCAUUCAGGGCAUUACCGAGGAGCUGUCACCAGACCAUGUACGCGAAUUCAAUUGCGGCAAAUUAUACUAUCGCACUUUUCACAUGGAUGAAACGAAAGACGCGCUCUACGUCGGUGCCAUGGAUCGCGUGUUUCGUUUGAACCUUAAAAAUAUUUCGUCCUCACAAUGUGAUCGCGAUGUUAUUAACUUGGAACCCACACGUGAUGAUGUCGUCCAAUGCGUCUCCAAAGGCAAGAGCCAGAUUUUCGAUUGCAAGAAUCACAUCCGUGUCAUUCAGUCAAUACAAAACGGCGACCGGCUUUACGUUUGCGGCACACAUGCACACAAUCCCAAGGAUUAUGUCAUUUACUCAAAUCUCACACACUUACCACGCUCCGAAUAUGUGAUUGGCGUCGGUUCGGGUAUUGCAAAGUGUCCUUACGAUCCCUUGGAUAAUUCCACUGCUAUUUAUGUUGAAGAAGGAAACCCAGAAGAUUUGCCAGGAUUGUAUUCGGGCACUAAUGCGGAAUUCACAAAAGCAGAUACAGUUAUCUUCCGUACGGAUUUGUAUAAUACAACAGCAAAACGUUUGGAGUACAAAUUUAAGCGUACACUCAAAUAUGACUCCAAAUGGUUGGACAAACCAAAUUUCGUUGGCUCCUUUGACAUUGGCGAAUACGUAUAUUUCUUUUUCCGUGAAACUGCCGUGGAGUACAUUAAUUGUGGCAAAGCCGUCUAUUCACGUAUUGCCCGCGUUUGUAAAAAGGAUAUUGGCGGCAAAAACCUACUCGCACACAACUGGGCCACCUAUUUGAAGGCGCGUUUGAACUGCAGCAUCUCCGGUGAAUUUCCAUUCUAUUUCAAUGAAAUACAAUCCGUUUACCAAUUGCCCUCGGAUAAGUCCCGCUUCUAUGCGACUUUCACGACCAGCACGAAUGGCUUAAUCGGUUCGGCGGUGUGCAGUUUUCACAUUAACGAAGUACAAGCGGCUUUCAAUGGCAAAUUCAAGGAACAAUCAUCAUCCAAUUCAGCUUGGUUACCAGUUUUGAAUUCACGUGUUCCCGAACCACGACCUGGUACUUGUGUCAAUGAUACCUCAAAUCUGCCCGACACUGUAUUGUACUUUAUACGCUCACAUCCGCUUAUGGAUAAAGCUGUGAAUCAUGAACACAACAAUCCAGUCUAUUAUAAAAGGGAUUUGGUAUUCACUAAGCUUGUUGUUGACAAAAUACGUAUCGACAUACUAAAUCAGGAAUACACCGUCUACUAUGUGGGCACGAACUUGGGACGCAUCUAUAAAAUCGUACAGUACUAUCGUAACAGUGAAUCGCUAUCGAAAUUGCUUGACAUCUUCGAUGUGGCACCGAACGAAGCGAUACAGGUGAUGGGCAUCAGUCAGGCACGUAAAUCGCUCUAUGUUGCCACAGAUCAUCGCAUCAAGCAAAUCGAUUUGGCGAUGUGCAAUCGACGUUAUGACAAUUGCUUCCGUUGUGUGCGUGAUCCCUACUGCGGCUGGGACAAGGAGGCGAACACAUGUCGCCCAUAUGAAUUGGAUUUGUUGCAGGAUGUUGCCAACGAGACGAGUGAUAUUUGCGACUCCAGUGUAUUGAAGAAGAAAAUCAUCGUCACCUAUGGGCAGAGCGUGCAUUUGGGUUGCUUCGUCAAAAUACCUGAGGUGCUGAAGAACGAGCAGGUGACCUGGUAUCAUCACUCAAAGGAUAAGGGACGCUACGAAAUCAAGUACAGCCCCACCAAGUACAUCGAGACCACUGAGCGCGGUUUGGUUGUGGUAUCGGUGAACGAGGCGGAUGGUGGUCGCUAUGACUGUCAUCUGGGCGGCUCCUUACUCUGUAGCUACAAUAUUACUGUCGAUGCACACAGGUGCACUCCCCCAAAUAAAAGCAAUGAUUAUCAGAAAAUCUAUUCGGAUUGGUGUCACGAGUUCGAAAAAUAUAAAACUGCCAUGAAGUCGUGGGAAAAGAAACAAGCGCAAUGCUCCUCGCGUCAGAAUUUCAGCAAUCAACACCCCAAUGAUGUUUUCCGUAAAAAUAAUGUCUGAUAUCAACAAACUCAACUACAGCUAACGUCCAUAUAAACAGUUCAUAUUAGAGAGGGUCAAGGAAUUUUGAAGAAAUUAUGUUAUAACUGCACAUAACGGCACCACAAUAAAUACAUUUCGAAUGUGUGUGAAAUUAAGAGAACUCAAAAAUGUAUUUCAUGGGCAAAAACUCUUGGAAACAUCGCUUAUACGCUGCACGAAAUCCCAGCAGUUAGCGAUGAUCAAAAAAUUACAAAUAUACAAAUUAUAACAAUUGAAAUGAAAAUUUGGCAAUAGUAAACAAAAUUUGAAUACACUCAAGCAAUCGCAUAAUACCUAAAGAAACUACGUCGAAAAAUACAGAGUAACAAAGUACAUAAUAAUAUAUAAUAUUUCAUUUAUGAUGAGAUACAUAUUUAAAGUUAAUAGCAAACAAUUAAAAAUAACAAAGAUAAAUGCAUAAUGAAAUACAGGAUUAUUACACAUACAUACAUAAAUGAAAUCAACGAAAGUUCCCGCAUAAAUAAUUGCAAAAAACUCAUAAAUAAAAUAUAAAGACAGCUUCAAGCAUAAAUAAAUCCAUAAAUACAGUAAUAAAAAAAAAAUUGAAAUAAAAAACGCAUAAACAUAGAUAAACGGAAUUCAAUUAAAACACACUCAUGCAUGCAUACGCCAUUAUUACAACAAUAAGCUUAAAAAUGUGAAAUAAAUCAAUUAAAUACAUUAAAUACGAAAUCCAUUGCAAUACAAAAAGCACAAAAAGCGAUAAACAAUUAAACAAAUAAUUAAAUAAGUGUGUAAGAGAUUCAGCUCAGCUUAGUUUUUACAUACAUACACACAUACAUACAUACAUACAUACAUGCAUGCAUAAAUAGGCAUUAAAUAAUAAGCUAAAUACUGACAACAAAAGCAAUAAUUUCAUACAAGCAUACAUACAUACAUACAUACGUACGUACAUAAUGAAUUAUGAAGAAGCAACAGCAGCAGAAGCCAUUGUGGUUGACAGCAACUAAACUUCAAUAAAACACAGAACGAUUUUAUCGUGGAAAUAAAUAAAAUAAUACAGUGAACGAUUGGCGCUGAACUGAUAGCAUUAAGUUACACUUUUUUAUUCGUACAUAAUUUGUACAAAAACUACAGCAGAAAUUAUGAAAAAAGCAA